UCACAACAUUCUAGAUAUUCUUGACAAGGCAGGAAAGUCAUUGUAAAUUUCAUGACACCUAAGUGUAAGAGGUAAUUGUGACAUAGAUGACAAUAUAAGGAAGACAUUGAGAAAAUAGUGUGCACAAGGAGUUCGAUUAUUUUAAAUGUCGCUUACAAAUUAAAUGCACUUAUGAACACAUAAGUAUGCAUUUGAAUCACACACAACUACCUAUAUAAAUCCAACUAGUAUGAUUCUUUAUUUCAUCUCAGUAAUACUUACAACUUGCAAGUUGCCUAUAGCUGACAAAAUGAAAUAUUAUUACGCGUUUUGCUUCAUGUUGCUUAACAGUGUAAUUUCAUUUCACGAGUGCAUUGCAGACGAAACUCAUGAUAUUCUGUUUAAACUUCUUUCUAACGAGAAAGAAAUUAUUUCCAAUAAGAAAAGAAUUGAUGACCUUGAAAUGCAAUUCAAAACCUCCAUGGAAGGACUAAACACAAGACUGUCAGAAGAGUUGAGUAAAAUCACAGAAACAUUAAAGCGAUAUGAACCAGGCAUAGCUGAAAUUAGAAAGGACAUUAAAGAUACAAUAUCAAACACGGUAACACAAAUGGUUAAGUCACAACAUGUUGCACUGAAUAAAGCGAUGAAACGGGAAAAGGCUGCAAUGUUGAAAACACAAACAGAAAUAAAAGAGCAUAUGAACUUGAUGAAUACAGCAUUUAAUAACACACAGAAAAAAUAUGAGGAACGUUUCACAAACCUAACAGCCAAGCUUCAAGACGAGUUUCAAGCCCAAAAGGAAAGUGCUGAAUAUUUCAUGACGAAAGUAUUCAAUGAAAGUGAAGAACAUGUUAAACAACUUAUGGAAAAUUACGAGCGUGCACAAGGCAAAUUUGAAAAUAUUUUCGCCAACAACACUGACACCUUCGAUAGCAAGUUCAAAAUACAGACUAAAACAGUUGACAACUUAAUUAAGACUGUACUAAAUGAGAGUAAACAACUUCAGCAAAUUGUAGACGUAUAUACAGAAGAAACAAAGAACACCACACAAGGCUUAGAAGAUGGACUAAAAGAGGCACUGGAACAAAUGAGAAACAAACUGCUUGAAAAUUUAAAUGAUGAAACAAGCUCUUUAAAGUCUCGUCUCACAAGUCAGGAGAAUUCCCAUUCGUCGUUGACGAGUCAGCUGAGUGGCCUCCAAGCUAGCCUUAGAAGUUACAAAUCGGCAGCGGACUCUGUCGGGAGCAGUGUGUCUUCAAUUGAAAGAAGGAUGACAAGUCAACACGUUGGUUUCUCUGCAAGACUAUACGAUCUACCCCGACCUUUACCAAGAUCCACCAAAAUAGUUUUUGACGAAGAGAGAUUUGAUGCAUCGUAUAGCUAUGAUAAAUCCACAGGAAUAUUUAAGGCACCUAUCAGUGGCAUGUACUUGUUUCUGGUAACUAUUGAGAGUUCCGAAUCAAAGUCCAUAGAUGUAUGUUUGGCUGUACGCGGCCUGUGUAGAGUUUAUAUAUCUCUUUCACCUUAUCGUCCUGAACGUGGCACCAACUUCUGUGUAGUAUAUAUGUCCGCUGGAGAUACAGCUUAUGUUAAUAAUCAAUCGGCAAACGCUCCUUUACGGGAAUAUGUAACAACCUUUAGUGGAGUUUUGAUCCACAUCUAAAUAACUAAAUUAGUCAUCUCCGCAUACAGAUUCUAGUGUUUGAUAAUCAUGUUAUGUCAUGUGAUUGUCAACGCAAUUGACUGGUUGACAAAACGAUAAUUGUAUCUCGUUCAGGUUGUUUGGUGAAUAUUUUCAGUGAAUCCAUUGGAUAAUGAAAUUAUUCAUUUACAAAAUAUAACCAUAUUAUUCAACUAUUUGAUUGGCACCUGGAGACUAGUCAAUUAUAAUGCGUACAAUAUGUACUGAUACAUAUGCUGUGUGUGUGCGUGUGCGUGUGCGUGUGCGUGUAUAUAAAGUAAUGACUAAAACCUACCAGAAAAAGUAAAUCCACAAGCACAUUCGGUAGAGUACAGGCUAAUCAUCUAAACAAGUGUGUAAUAUAAGUGUUAUACAUCAAAUAUGCUUUGGUCUACAAAUAAGAAUUCAAACAAGACGGCCCAUUGGUGCAAAUAGGUUCCAAGCGACAUUUUCAUACUUUCGAGUAAAUUGAGUUUAAAGGUUUGGCGGUUCCUAAAAACUCAGAAAACGAUUUUGCGACUUUGAAUCUUUUAUCACUUACCUCAAAUGGUUUAUCUAAAUUGUUCCUUGAAUUGCAUAUCAAUACAAUGAAUAAUUUAGGUUAAUUAGUUUAUUUUGUAUCAUGGUACCUUCUUGCAUAAGGUGAUUAGGUAAAACAAAUAAUGUGAAAAGGAGCCAUAUGGCAAUUAGUACCUUGUUGCAUAAACCUCAGUUGGAAUAAUCAGAUAAAACUGCAUGCUUUAAGGUGCCUUAUGUCAUAUGGUACCUUAUUGCUUGAUAUUUUAGACAUAAAUGUCAAACACAAUACAUAAGAAAUGUUCAUUGAUCUUUAAUAUUAUAAAAUUUGUUACAAUAUGUCAUAUAUAAGUGUUUAUAUUUAUAGUAUUAUAGUAUAGCAAACGUUAUAAUUCAUUUAUGGUGCAAAUAUAUCUUCAUCGGCUGAUGACUGGCACAACAUCUAUGUUUGUUAUGCUGUCAUUAAGUGAGAGGUGAAGAAACGAUCUCAUUUGUGCAAAGGCAAACAUUUCCGUCUACCUUGUUAUGAUUGGUAUAGCUAUCUCUAGAAAUGUAUUUUCUGCGCAUACUAAAGGUUCACACUUUUAAGUUUGAACAGUAUUUUUCAUAAAUUUAUUGUAGUCUACCCCAUGGUUGUAUUUGAUUGAAACCACAACAUACAGGUUUGUCUUUCGUGUAGUUCAUUGCGACGAACACACACAGACAUGUUUUGCUGUUUCUAUAGUUGAGUGAACAGAAUCACAUUCCAUUUGAGAUUGUCCUGACACAAGGAACUUGUGACUAAGGGAUUUGAGUUGUGGUACUUGUAGGUUUGAACAGAAAAGAUGACGUUACAUACUGGUUUCUGUUUUGUCAGAGAUGUACACAAUCUCUUGCCUCAAAACCUUUUUAACAAACUUACAUAGUGUUUUAAUGAGACAUGUAGCUACCUCGGAGGAGCCUCGUUUGCACUGGAUCUUGUUCCAAAGGUGACAAAAUACUUGUUUUUUUUCGCAAAGAAUAAAUGGUCAAAUGGUCACAUAGUUUUAUACAGUAUUUUAGCUCACUGACUUAUAAAAAGAGGGUAAUAAGACCUGUGAGACACUGCCUGUGAGUCCAAGUUUCAACGUAAACACUACUGAAAGCUUUGGCUCUCUCUUUGACCUUUUCAUUAUCUUCUAUUUAUUUAACUGAAGUUCUUCGUAUUCUUUGGUCAAGUUUCCAUUAGAACUACCAUCUGCUUACUACCUUCUAUAUAAUUCACACACAAAACAUUGGUUCUGUUUUGUCUUGUAGAAACAUUGAUUGUAAGAUUGUUCUUAACCUUUUUAUUUCACUGGUUAACUGCGGUAUCCUAUGGGCUUGUUUGUAUAGAAUGUUCACUGUUUUUUAACAUAAUGCUACACAGGUUUUUACUUCUUUCUGGUACAUCAUCAGUUAUAAAUUCAUUUUAUCUUUCUGUUAGUGCUCUGAAAAAGUAGUUUAUAUCUCCACAAAUGUUAGCUCGCUUAAGUUCAUUGCUGACAAGAAAGUUAUCCAGUCGUGAUGUGUGACUGUCGUACAAUUGUUUGCAAUGUAUGUAACUUUAUACUCAUACGCUUUGCUCUUUCCAAGUGGCUCUAAUUAUUGAUUUUAUUGUCUGUUUGCAUCUCUUAUUUUGUAAGAGUGGUAUACUGUUCAUUAGUUUUUGAUGGACAUCUCUCUGUGUUCUUUCCCGCUUCUCUUUUAUUCGAGUCUUCAUUUGCUAGAUGUUUCGGAAUUUUCUUCCAUGAAUUUCCUCGCUAAACCCCUCUUUUGCGUUUAUUGUUUCCUAAUACAGUCACAUUUUCUGUAUCAGUGGAAGUAAAAUGAUCCUUGCUUGGUUUGUAAGUUUCAUCAAGAUCAAUGUCAUUGUAACCUUCUUCACUUGGAUCUAUUAAUUUUGAUUUGACAGGUUACCUCAGUCCUUCACGCUGUAUAUAUGUUAAUGGAAAAUCAUCUUCAGAGUGGAACUCUGUAUAACAGGCCCGUCAUGAAUGGUUCUGUUUGAUGCUAUAGUAUCUCCACAUAUUGAAUUCUGUGAAAUACCACUUUAAUCAGCUACUGGCGUCGCAAAGUAGCUAUCCUCAUCUUACCAAGUAAUCUUACUGAAACAUAAUUUUGUUAUAACUACCUUACUAAAUUUAUUAUAAAAUAUUAAGAUGUAUAUUACGCUAAAUACACAUUCCAUAAUACAUAUCGCACUAUAAAAUUAGAACAGAUAAAUCCCAAAUACCAUUACUUUACAGACUAAUAAUAUAUGCAGUUAUAUUCAACGCACCCGCAUUAUAAUCAUUAUUACUUAAUUGUGUUUUGUAGAUGACAGAAAACAAUACUUACAUUUGUUAUGGUAUCCAUAUCUCCAUUCUUAAUCUUCUGUCCUUAUGAACAAAUUACACUUCUCGAAUGUGAAGUCAACAACAUCUGGUGUUUCUUAUCCCACAAAAAGUGACAAUAACCUUCCGGACACUUGUUACCUGAUAUCGUAGUUAUCAGUGUUAAUUAGUAGAAAAUGGUGUAUAGGUAUCAGCACAUACAGGUACCAUACAAACAUCUAUUAUAUUGUAAAAUGUUAACAUUUUAGUCUUUAUCAUUUAUGCAAAAAAAGAACCAUAUGCCACUUGGUCACUUAUAGCACACUUUGUAAACUUAAUAAGUUAAAAUCAUCUCAUGCAAUAAGGUACCACAUGCCGUAAGUCUCCUUUUUGCGUAAAAAAUAUAUCUAAUGUGUAAAAAUAUUGCAAUGCAUAAAGGUACCAUGUGUCUUCUAGAACCUUCUUGCAUACACCAGAUGGCAUAUGGUACCUUUUUCCACCAAUCAAAAGCACCAAUUUCACUUGGUACUAAACUGCACGAACCCAUAUCUCAGUUAAUAUUCAAUAUUCAGAGGAUAUUUUUUUAGACAAGGUUAUUUCUAACUAAAAAUAGAGAAAAGUCAAUUUUGGUUAAAAAUGUUGUUUGGUACCUUUUUGCACCAAUGGGACGAAGAGCAAGACAUGUGGUGUAAACUCCACGACGAGUUUCUGCCCUUUAGUUACUUCGCUCUACCUGUGAUACCUGUUAUGUGAGAUCAGCGGGUAGGUUUUUUCCUUGGCUAUUGAACUCCUGGAAACAAACUCACACAGAAAAACAAUUAUUUAAAGGCAAAAUCGAUUUCUAUAUGAUCAAUUUUUCAAAAUACUUAGAGACCUGUUCAUGGGAGUUAAACUUGCUAUUUGUAGUGUAUCAGCAAUAAACUAUGUAUAUUAACAUUGUUCAGUAUUGAAUUAUUAAUUCGAGCCCCAGACAAAAGAGAAUAUAUGCACUUAAUACUCCUCAGAAUAUUAGUAUGAUUAUGAAAAUCACCAUAAAUGCAGAUUUGAAUAAUGUUUCUGACAUUUUAAAAUGAUAAAAUAUAUAUCUUUGUUCGUUCGAAUAGCUUAGUCAUUUAGAUUUCCGCUGAAUUGCAUGUAUCGCCCGUCAGGAGCACCAAUCACAGUCAAACCCUUGCACAUUUUUUAAAUAAUCUUAAGACUUUGUCUUUUACAGAUAUUUGCAAAUAUAGCUCUUAUUAUAGAACAACUAUUGCACAUAUGUGUGUGUACACUCUUUAUUUCAACUUAUCAGUGAUUAUACAUAUAAAGUUAUUGACAUGCUAAUUUAAUGAAUAAAUUGCAUUAGGAAAUAUUUUGAUUUUAUUUAACUUAUGAAGUUGAUCUAUUUACGUAUUGAUAUUUAUUUUUUUAUUUUGGUUGUUUAGUUAUGUAAUAUGUAUGCAUUGAAUCACCUGAAAAACACUAUAUUGUAUUUGUAUUUGUCAACGUGGGACAUGGCCUUUUGGAUAUUCUGUAAAUAAAUCUGAAUCUUGAAUCUAUUAUGCAAAAUAAAUAAUAAAGUCAA